CUCUGGGCCCCCGUGUCUCUCCUGUGAUCGCACUGACACGGCCGGGGGGUUAGAAUGGAACAGACUGAAGGCCCUAUGAGAGAAAGGGAAAGUUAAGGAUGCUGGAGCAGAACAAUGGAUUUCUCUUUCUCUUUCUUGCAAGGGAUCAUGGGAAACACAAUUCAGCAACCACCUCAACUCAUUGACUCAGCCAACAUCCGUCAGGAGGAUGCCUUUGAUAAUAGCAGUGAUAUUGUUGAAGAUGGUGGCCAGACACCAUAUGAAACCAGCCUGCAGCAAGGCUUUCAGUACCCACCUACCACAGAGGAACUUCCUCCAAUUACAAAUGGCUAUCCACCCUCAAUCAGCAUGUAUGAACCUCAAGCCAAAUACCAGACAUAUAGUCAGUAUCCCAACGGGUCAGCCAAUGGUUUUGGUGCAGUUAGAAACUUUAGCCCCACUGACUAUUACCAUACUGAAAUUUCAAACACAAGACCACAUGAAGUUCUGGAAAAACCUUCCCCUCAACAGCCACCACCUCCUCCUUCGGUACCACAAACUGUGAUUCCAAAGAAGACUGGCUCACCAGAAAUUAAAUUAAAAAUAACCAAAACUAUCCAGAAUGGCAGGGAAUUGUUUGAGUCCUCCCUCUGUGGAGACCUUUUAAAUGAAGUACAGGCAAGUGAGUACGCAAAAUCAAAACAUGAAGGCAGAAAAGAAAAGAGGAAAAAAAGUAACAAGCAUGACUCUUCUAGGUCAGAAGAGCGCAAGUCGCACAAAAUUCCCAAAUUAGAACCAGAGGAGCAAAAUAGACCAAAUGAGAGGGUGGUUAACAUUCUAUCUGAAAAACCAAGAGAAGAUUCUAUGGUAUUAGAAGAAACACCAGUUCAACAGUACCUACCAUCCCUUCCAACAGAAGUGAGCACUGGUGUAAAAUUCCAAGUUGGUGACCUGGUCUGGUCUAAAGUGGGAACUUAUCCUUGGUGGCCUUGUAUGGUUUCAAGUGAUCCCCAACUUGAGGUUCAUACCAAAAUUAAUACAAGAGGGGCCCGGGAAUACCACGUCCAGUUUUUCAGCAACCAACCAGAGCGCGCAUGGGUCCAUGAAAAGCGGGUACGAGAGUACAAAGGACACAAACAAUAUGAACAGUUAUUAGCUGAAGCAACAAAACAGGCCAGCAAUCACUCUGAGAAACAAAAGAUUCGGAAACCCCGACCUCAGCGGGAGAGGGCCCAGUGGGAUAUUGGCAUUGCCCAUGCAGAAAAAGCAUUGAAGAUGACCCGAGAAGAAAGAAUAGAACAAUAUACUUUCAUCUAUGUUGACAAACAGCCUGAGGAAGUUUUAUCUCAAGCAAAAAAGAGUGCUGCCUCCAAAACAGAAGUGAAAAAGAACCGGAGACCUAAAACAGUGCUGAACACUCAGCCAGAACAGAGCAAUGCAGGGGAGGCAGCUUCUUCACUGUCAAGUACUGAGAUCCGGAGACACAGCCAGAGACGCCAUACAAGUGUGGAAGAGGAAGAGCCACCCCCUGUUAAAAUAGCAUGGAAAACAGCAGCCGCAAGGAAAUCUUUACCAGCUUCCAUUACAAUGCACAAAGGCAGCCUGGAUCUGCAGAAGUGCAAUAUGUCUCCAGUUGUGAAAAUUGAACAAGUAUUUGCUCUUCAGAAUGCUGCGGGAGAUGGGAAAUUCAUCGAUCAGUUUGUGUAUUCAACAAAGGGAGUUGGUAACAAAACGGAAAUAAGUGUCAGGGGACAAGACAAACUUAUCAUUUCUACACCAAACCAGAGAAAUGAAAAAGCAACUCAGAAUGUAUCAUCUCCUGAAACAACAUCUGGGUCGACAGGUUCCACAGAAAAGAAGCAACAGAGAAGAUCAAUUAGAACUCGUUCUGAAUCUGAGAAAUCCACUGAGGUUGUGCCAAAGAAGAAGAUCAAAAAGGAGCAGGUUGAAACAGUUCCACAGACUACAGUGAAGACAGGAUUACAGAAAGGUGCCAGCGAGAUUUCAGAUUCCUGUAAACCUCUAAAGAAAAGGAGUCGCGCCUCAACUGAUGUAGAAAUGACUAGUUCAACGUACAGAGACACAUCUGACUCCGAUUCUAGAGGACUUAAUGAUUUGCAAGUAAGCUUUGGAAAGCAAUUAGAUAGUCCUUCAGCUGCUGCUGAUGCUGAUGCCUCUGAUGUGCAGUCAGUGGACUCGAGCCUAUCAAGAAGAGGAACUGGAAACAAUAAGAAAGAUACUGUGUGUCAGAUAUGUGAAAGUUAUGGUGACUCUCUGGUUGUUUGUGAGGGGGAAUGCUGUAAACACUUUCAUCUAGAUUGCCUGGGACUUUCAUCUCUCCCUAAUGGAAGAUUCCUCUGUACCGAAUGUAAAACUGGGCAGCAUACUUGCUUCUCUUGUAAGGUUCCUGGUAAAGAUGUGAAACGCUGUUCUGUUACUGCUUGUGGUAAAUUUUACCAUGAGGCCUGUGUUCGUAAAUUUGCUACUGCUGUCUUUGAGUCUAGAGGAUUCCGCUGUCCUCAACACUGCUGCUCUACUUGUUCCAUGGAGAAAGAUAUCCACAAAGCAAGCAAAGCAGGUCGCAUGAUGAGAUGUUUAAGAUGCCCAAUUGCCUAUCAUUCAGGAGAUGGCUGCGUAGCUGCAGGAAGUCUGUUUGUGUCAUCCUACAUUCUCAUCUGUAGUAACCAUUCCAAGAGGAGCAGUCAUUCUUCCUCUACUGUAAAUGUAGGCUUUUGUUUCGUUUGUGCAAGAGGGCUGAUAGUUCAGGAUCAUUCAGACCCCAUGUUCAGUUCAUAUGCCUAUAAGUCCCACUACCUACUGAAUGAAUCAAAUCGUGCUGAGUUGAAAUUACCUAUGAUUCCUUCUUCGUCAGCUUCCAAAAAGAAAUGUGAGAAAGGUGGAAAACUGUUGUGCUGUGAAUCGUGCCCAGCUUCCUUCCACCCGGAAUGCCUCAGCAUAGCAAUGCCAGAGGGCUGCUGGAAUUGUAAUGACUGUAAAGCUGGCAAAAAACUCCAUUACAAGCAGAUUGUUUGGGUCAAGCUAGGAAACUACAGGUGGUGGCCAGCAGAGAUCUGCAAUCCUAGGUCCGUGCCUCUUAACAUCCAAGGCCUUAAACAUGACUUGGGGGACUUUCCUGUGUUCUUCUUUGGUUCUCAUGACUACUAUUGGGUACACCAGGGCAGAGUGUUCUCAUAUGUUGAAGGAGACAAAAGCUUUGCUGAGGGGCAAACUAGUAUUAACAAGACCUUCAAAAAAGCACUUGAGGAAGCUGCAAAACGUUUUCAGGAGCUGAAAGCACAAAGAGAAAGUAAAGAAGCCUUGGAGCUGGAAAGAAAUUCAAGAAAACCCCCACCCUACAAGCACAUUAAAGCCAACAAAGUGAUAGGGAAGGUCCAGAUCCAAGUGGCCGACCUGUCGGAGAUCCCACGCUGUAAUUGCAAGCCUGCUGAUGAAAACCCCUGUGGUCUAGAGUCAGAAUGCUUGAACCGGAUGCUGCAGUAUGAGUGUCACCCCCAAGUGUGCCCGGCUGGGGACCGAUGCCAGAACCAGUGCUUCACCAAAAGGCUCUAUCCCGAUGCAGAAGUCAUCAAGACCGAGAGACGAGGCUGGGGCCUGAGGACCAAGCGGAGCAUCAAGAAGGGUGAAUUCGUAAAUGAAUAUGUUGGGGAGUUAAUUGAUGAAGAAGAAUGCAGACUGCGAAUCAAACGUGCCCAUGAGAACAGCAUAACUAAUUUUUAUAUGUUAACAGUUACCAAGGACCGUAUAAUCGAUGCUGGCCCAAAAGGGAAUUAUUCUCGCUUUAUGAAUCAUAGUUGCAAUCCAAACUGUGAAACUCAAAAGUGGACAGUGAAUGGGGAUGUUCGUGUUGGACUUUUUGCUCUUUGUGAUAUUCCUGCAGGGGUAGAGUUAACAUUCAAUUAUAAUCUGGAUUGCCUGGGCAAUGGAAGGACCGAGUGUCACUGUGGAGCAGACAACUGCAGUGGCUUUCUAGGAGUUCGGCCAAAGACGGCAUUUGCAUCAGCAAAUGAAGAAAAAGCAAAAAAUGCUAAGUUGAAACAGAAGAAACGAAAAAUCAAAACAGAACAGAAGCAGAUGCAUGAGGAUUAUUGUUUUCAGUGUGGAGAUGGAGGAGAGCUGGUCAUGUGUGACAAAAAAGACUGUCCAAAAGCAUACCACCUGUUAUGCCUUAAUCUGACGCAGCCACCAUAUGGAAAGUGGGAAUGUCCCUGGCAUCAGUGUGAUACAUGCAGCAACUCAGCAAUUUCUUUCUGAUUCUCUGGUGGUCUUGGAAAUUAGAGUGGGAGCGGUCAAUCUGGCUGUAAGCAAAAUGCCUUUUUCUAUUGAACGUACCUCUCUGGGCUCUGUGAUAGCAUUAUUUAAGUUAUUAAUAUGAAUAUAAUACUUUAUUUUUUAAAAAUUACAGGAUGAUUCUACUCACAGAUUUUUAUAUGCUUUUUGUUGAUGCUAACUUAACAAAUGAAGUGUAUCUAUGGGUAUGAAAAGGCAGGAAGAAACAACUAUCCUUAUCAUAGUGUUGUAGGCCAUUAAAAGAAGAUGAGAUGUAGCCUUAUAUUGGGCUAUCAAUCCCAUAGUAUGCAGAUGAUAAGCUGAGGAAUCCUGGGCUUUUUCUGUUUCCUUUUCCUUUUAGCCCCUUCCUCACCUUAAUUAAACAUUCCUUUUGUUAACUGAGUAGUCCAGCCACAUUUCUUGGUGGAAAAUAUAUAGAUGUAAUUUGAAUUGUAUUUAAGUAGUUCUUAGUUGUGAUGGAUGAAUUUAAAAGGCUGUAUUUAAACAGUUUUCAUUAAUUGUUAUCGUAGUAUUUAACAUUGCCCCUGCUGUUAGGACACAAAUAGCUCUUCUAAUUUCACAGGGUAUGAAACGGUAACAUAAAUGCACUUGUUCUUUACAAAUCAUCUGGUGAAAAACUCCCAGGGAAGUCAGUGUUAACAAAACGUAUAGUACUCUAAGUCAUCUCUCUUACUCAUGGAAUUCAUUUAUUUUUAGGUUUCUAACAACAUGUAUCCCAAUAUUCUCCAAUGGGGGAAAAUAACUAAGUAACACAAAAUUUGGUAAUAUCAUUGUGUUGAGUGAUAGCAUCAUUUCUUUUUUGUGAGUUUUGACUGAGUAGAAGGAACUUCAGAUACAUGGUAGCAUCCCUUACCUUCCAGGGACCCAAUCAGGAAUCCAGGAAAAAAAAAAUAAAUUGGAUUCACCUCAUCCCUUUCAUGCAUGGAGUAAUUGUACUAUUGUACGUAUUCCCCUUUCUACAUUAAUUUAGAACACUCCUAACUGAAAUAAAAUGGAAAAUAAGAAUAAAACGCAGUUUUGUUCCUCCAUGUGCAUACAUGGGUAUAUGGAUACAUGCAUGUGUACUGGAUUUUAUCUUUAAAAAACCAAAACACUAUGUUUACCUUAAGCACUUGAACUACCAGCUCCCUAAAAAGACUUGGUGGGCCUCCUAUAAUUGAUUUUUUUGUUGUUAUUGUUAAAGGAGUUAAUUAAAUAAAACUCAGUUCUCUAGGUUUUACCAGUGGGCAAGAGCUAAAUGGAAAAUGCUAUCUGUGUCACUGAUUGUGGUCACUAUUAACAUAAAUGACAGCUUACCAAAACACACUAGAUUUUGCUUCUUGGCAUUUAAGUAUCCUGUUAUCCUUUUCACAUUAUUUAAUCAAGUUUGUCAUACUUUUAAUUUUGUACAUGUAUGAUAUAUUUGCUUUUUUUAAGUUAUAAAUGUGGAAGAUUUAAUUUACUAUUUCAAACAUAACUCUUCUCUUGCAACCGCAUCCCACAAGAAAUCUAAUGUUUGCUUUGUAUAAUGUAUCUGAUUUUAGUACUACUUUAUAAUAAUCUGUUAAAUUUUUUAUAUGGUAAGCCAGGGUGUCUUAAAUACUUCAAAAACCUUAGAUUGAAAGAAUUUGUAUUUGUGUAUGGUUUCUUUGAUAUUAUCUCAGUGUUGACUUGUUUCUCUCUUUUGAGUAGCAGAGCUGUACCAAUAUUUUUUGUUGGCAUAAUUAAUAGAAAAUCACAGACUGUUAUUUUAGAUAGCAUAGCACAACAGACCAUAAAUAAUCGUCUUUUUCCAUUGAGUAUACCUGAAUGUUUGAAGGGUUUUUUAAAAUUGAUUUGAUUUAGCAGUGCCAGUGCCAAGAGGAUGUCUUUUUUCCUAGUCAUAUAUUUUUUUUUUUAAUGCAGCUUUAGAAUGUGAGGUUGUAGAGAAGGGGAGAGUAACCUGUACCCAGACUAUAAAGUGAAAUGUUUGAGUGACUUGAGGGUCACUUUCAAGUCUGUAGUCACUGGCAUAAAAUUUGUUGUUGUUACCUUUCACAAAGAAAUGAGCAAGGCAAAACCACUAGGUCCAGCAUUUCCUCUAUUUUUCUGCUUUACCUCAUGCUAAUUAUUUUGAAGGAGGAGACAGUUUGUGGUUAUUGGUAUAAAGCUCACUUCUGAAUCAGUUGUGGUUGAAGGUGAAAUACUGAGGAUCUUCCCCAGGACAGGGUAAAGUUAGAACAGAAUAGAGUUGGUCCAGUUUCUGGGAACAAAUGAGCUGGUUGUCAGGAUUGACUUCUAGUAAGAGUUGAUUAAUAUGAGGAUAAGUACUCAUUCUUGGCACUGAUGUCAGUGCAGCUGUGCAAAGCAGAAAAGUGAACUUUGUGGUUCUUUAAACUCUGAUAAGAAUGAAGCUACAGGAAAGGGGAGUGAUUUUUUUUUUAAAUCAUGUGGUCAAUUUAUCUUGAAUGUGCCUCUUGAGUUUUUAAGGAAAUGAUCUGGUUUGAGUUUUAAAGCUGAAUUCCAAGAUCAUUAUUAUGAGGAUUGAUAUGUGACCACCCCAAGAAGAUCCAUAUCCAAAUACACAAAAAAAAGCUGGUAUGCAUAUCCUCCCCCAGUCUCUUUCCCCCCCUCAUCUUCACAGAGGGCUCAUAAAUAUUGAGCACAGUUAAAGCUACUCAGGAAUUGGAACUUCUAGUGUUCUCACCAUCCAGAGGACCGUGAUAAACAGGAUGGUUGAAUGCUUGCCGGUUUUUUAGUCCUGGUGGUAAGAGUAGCUUCUUACUCUAUAUUUAGACCACAAUCACACAUGUUUGCAAAUACUCUGGUCUAUAUAGUUUGUUUCAUCGAAAUUGCUGUCUUUAAAAUCAUAUAAUUUCUGUGCUGCCCAGCUGAGGUCAAUAAUCUUUAAAAACAAACAAACAAAGUAAAAGCCCUUUCUUUGCACUUUUAAAAUUAGUGUUGUUGCCACAUAUCAUGUUCUAAUGUGGUACAAGAAAAAAAUUCAAAUGAAGUUAAUUUUUACCACUUGAGAAGUGCUUAAAUGCCUUCAUUAGGGGUUACCCAUUCAGAUGGGUAAUAUUAAUAGAUUUGCCUCCAGAGUAGAGUCUUGCCUAGUUGAAGUACUUCUCAUUUUGUUGGUACAUCUAAGCAUCUCCCAGAUGUAUAAGAGCUGGGGACAUGAAGAGAUUGGGUGAGAAUUUUCCUUUGUCCUGACCACUUUAGGGAAAAAAAUUUAAAAAAUUUUUUAAAAAAGGUCAUUCAUUGGUCUUUUUAAACAGAAAUUAAAGUGGAACUAAAUUCUGUUUUCAGGUAAAAUAAGUAGUAGACAUUUUUUGCUGUAAAUUGACAGGUAUCAAAAAUAUUCAAAAUUUGCAUAUACUGAAUCUUUGCAAACAAACCUUUAACUGGGAAAAUAUAAGGGCAGAAGGUGAAACAAAGUAGUGGGAAUAAUGUUUACUACAGGUACUAAGUAGUCACUUUAACAUUGAGACCCUCUGCCUCAUUUAAUUCAGGUUUUUUGAUGUUUGUACUUGAAACUCUUCAGAUGCUUAUUUUACAUGUUUGUUUGUUUUUUUAAUUUAUAAAGUAGAAAGCAUUGUUUUGUAUACUGCAUUAAGAAUUAGUAGUCAAGUCUCUUACCUUCCUUAACUUGGGUGAACUUAUGGGUAGUGUAAAUGAGAUAUUCAGAGAUUUCUCCAUUUUAUAUACACAGGAAGAGACUACUACAUAAGACACCAGCAUUUUAUGAUUAUUUUCUUUGUCUCUUGUUUUAUUUCCAUUAUUGUGUCAAUUGUGUUUCACCACCACCACCUUUUUUAAUAUGUGUGUGUAACAAAAAUUUUGCACUUAAAUUGCACUCCAAAAAUGGGGAUGUAAUCAGUUUCAGAAACUUAUUUCCGUUUUCUGUCAUAGACCAUUACAGAGUGACAGACUUGGGUGCUUUUGAUAUGCUUAUACUUAAAGAAAGGGAGAAAGAAUUUUAGUGAACUUACAGUGGCCUCUAUAAUGGAAAUCCUUAAAGUCAUUCCCAUAUAAACAAAACUAAGAUAAAAUAAUGUCUUAAUUGCCAAAGCCAUUCACUUAUUCUUUCAUGUUUUCAUGUGAUCUUUAUUGAAUAAAUAAAUCUGUUCAUCAGGGUGGGAGUGCCCACCAUUUCUAAAAUUUCUGCCUGGAAAGACUGUAUUAGGAUCAUUUUUGGAGCAUAUGGCCUAGCACUGGAUCUUUAUAAGAAAUUCUGAAAAGUUUAGAAAUGAACUUGGAUGAUAUUUACUUUGUCAUUCAUCUUAAUUGGUAUAUCUCAUUUGUAGUGUUAUAUUCAUAUAAAAAUCAUUGCCACUGAUAACCAAGAUGAUAAUGAUUUCAAACUGGCUAGUGAUCAGUUUUUGGUUUUUUGUGUUUUAGUUUGGGGUUUUUUGUUGUUGUUGGGGUUUUUUUGCAUAAAGAUAUAUAUACAUAUUUGGGAUUGGUAUGAGACUUUAAGCCCUUUUAUACCCAUUUUGAAUGAUGUUGCACAAUAAACAGAUACCUAAAGACUGUUUUCAUUUCCAUGUGAUCUUUAUCUGUAAUAAUGAUCUUUGUAGAUUUGUUUUCUGUAGAUUUUAUCUGUAACAAACUUUGUAGAUUCUGUGAAAUGUUCUUUUAAUGAAAUCACUUGAGUUUUUAAUAGGAAACCAUCAAUAUUCACUAAAGUCAAUCUCUUAUGAGUUUCUGUGACUUGGAUGGAAACUUUUAACACUCACAAAUUAGUGUUAACUUUCCCUGGGGAUGUUCCACUGGGGUAUUACUGUAUUACGACAUGACUUGAUGUUGCCGCAUUGGCUUUGAAGAUAUACAAUAUUUGGGGAGUUUUGUUGUUUGGCCUAUGUUCCUCUUGCAUAGUGUGAAACAUGUAAAGCUUGGUUAAACUGUAUAUAGAUAGCUUACUGUUUAUUAGUGUAUUUAGAAUUGCCUGUAAUAUUUAAUCUUACUGAAUUGAAUUGUGUGAUGGUAGGAACAUAUAAUUUUUGUACAUUAUAUUUACUGAGAUGUUUGGCUUUUUUAUUUUACAAAUACUUUGGAAUUCAGAUGCUUUUUUGCUUCUGUGAGAGGAUUAAUUUGGAAAGGUUUUUGAUGACAUUCCAUUGAUUACAGAUUUUGCUUGAGAUUGACUUCAAUAAAUUGUUCUGAAUGUUCCAAGUUAAAAAUCU